ACAGGAAAAAAAAAAAAAAGAGGACACCCCUGCCAAGACCAAGACCGAGACCAAGACGGCGCCAUAUUGCCUGUUGUCAGGAUGUGGGAGUGCUCGCCCGCCAGCCACUGAGCGCCGUCACCACCAUGGCUGUCGACUUCUGUGACUAUUUCUGGGGAGAAGAGCACAAUGGGUGGAAUGUUUUGUAUCAAAAUAUGAAGCAGGGGCAAACUGCUAGCAAAGAGUUGGCAGAAUUCUUCAAAGAAAGGUGGUCAAUUGAUGAGACUUAUUCCAAGUCAUUGGUUAAGUUAGCAAAUAAAGCUAACACCAAUACUGAAAAGGGAACUUAUGCUCCUAUAUUUGGGGUUUUACGGCAGUCAUCAGAAAAGCUAUCCAGUAUUCACUUACAGACCGUCCAGCGUGUUCAGGAUUUAGUCAAGGAGGUAGUCAAGUAUAAUGAUGAACUGCACAAAAAACAUAAAGGGGUGAAGGACGAAGAGAGUCAAACAGAAGAAAUUGUGAAAAGUAUCCAAACAACAAGUGGUCUGGCUCAAAAAGCAAGGGAGACAUACAGCCAGAGAUGCCAGGACUUAGAGAAAGUGCGUCGAGAUGGUGCAUCCUCUAAAGAAGUGGAAAAAGCUGAAGCCAAGCUGAAGAAAGCUCACGAUGAAUACCGCACUCUUGUGGAAAAGUACAACAAUAUUCGUGAGGAGUUUGAGAAGAGAAUGACAACAUCUUGUAUGAAAUUUCAGUCUGUAGAAGAGGCACACUUAGCACAAAUGUUGCAGUUUGUGCAGACUUACAUCAAUGUGCUACAGAGUAAUCAUGAAGCUAUGGGACAAGUUCACCGAGAUCUUCUGAAUCAGUAUUCCAAGUACUCAGUUGAGAAACUGUUGGAUAUGUUUGCUCUUUCAAAGCAUACUGGGUUAGAAAAACCAAAUGCUAUGGUUUUUGAGGAAUCAGAAUCCCUUGGGUCAGCCGUAUCAGGACAACAGUCGCCAGAACCAGUUGAUCAGUCCAAAUCAUCAGUAGAAGACACAGGGGGCAGUGGAGGAGGCUCUACUGGAAGCGUCCUAGCUGGAGGUUCUGUAGUCGUCACAAAGCCUGGUAGGAAGGAGAGUGGUAUGAAGGUGUUGCGAGAGCGUGCCUCAAUUUUUUCCAUGUCCAGGGUUACCUCACGAUCUUCAUCGUCUUCUGCAGCAGAUUCUGGUAGUCAAGUAGAGAGUGGGGGAAACACUAGCAGGGUUACUGUAAAUACUUCUUCCUCUUCAUGUAGCAGUAAAUUCCUCAGCAGCUUCACACAGGACCACAGCAGCUCACCUGAGUUGAAAGCAAAUUCAUCUUCAGGAAAUACUUCUGUUAAAGGCAACUUCACCUGUGCCACAAGCAACAACAAACCGUCCCGUCGGACCACCUCUCUGCUCAACCUGUUUGUGGCGUCCACUUCUGCUGCUGGUCGCAGUGAGCGCGAGUGGUCUGCUCCUCCCAGCUGUGACUCAGGUGGGGGGGAAGAUAGCCAGGAUGGGGAUGUGGGUGAAAGAGGCACAGAGAGCCUGCCCCCAUCUCCAGCUAAGGCUUCCCCAGCACGUGUGACUAGUGCCCCAACCAGCCCUACAGCAACAGAUGAUUCAAGCCUGGGUCGCACUGUAUUCCGCUCAUCAAAGUUAACGUUACCAGGAGGGACACCAGUGUUAUCCUUUGGGUUCCUGAGAAGUAGAAGAGACAGAAAAAAUAAGGAGAAGAAAGUGAAGAAAAAGAAAGAUGCAGACUCAUCAAGUAAUAAGGAGGAGAAAUCUGACAAUGAAGCCAAUGAUGAUUCUGGACCAAAGACUAGUGAAUUAACAGCAAUUCCAGCAGCUUCUGUCUCUGAAAAGGGAAGCAUCAGCAGCCAGACAACAAAUGUUGAUGAAGAGGGAUUUUCUGUACGUCCUCAGGAAUCAAAACCAGCUGGAGAUGACAAUAGUUUUGACUCAUCUUCGGAUACAGACUCGGAUGUGGAAACAGACAAAAAAAUUCAUGUUGAAAUCAAGCCAAUUAGCAAUGGGAAUGCACCAAUGUCUGCCAGUGUCGAUGAACUACGAGCCACAAUUGAAGGGAUGUCCUUGUCUCCAGCUUCAUAUCCUUCACCUCGUGUGCCUCCACGCCAGAUAACCUCGGAAGGAAAGAUCAAGAUCAGGUACCUAACCUUGCAAAAGACCAGAAGAACAUCAACAGACACACAAGAAUCAUUUUCUCCAAUGAAGCGAUCAAAUAGCAUAACACAGCAACUGAGCAAUAAGACUAGUUCUGUGGACCUACUAGGGUUAAAUUUUACAUUCAACAAUGAAAGCAGUCCAAAAAAUACAUCAGUGAGUACUGGAGGCACUGAUUCACCCUUCAAUCGACCAAUGUCUCCUGUAUCCAAAGGCAUCUCAUCCCCUGCUCCUUCAGUCACCUCUGUCACCUCCCCAAUCCUAGCUCCACCCCCUCGAGCGGAUAGAUAUGCAGAGCUCAGUGAUAUCCUGAAUGAAACAGAACCAGAAACUCCUCCAGCCCUCCCGCCCAGAACUGGGGGAGGUUCUUCCAGUAGGGGUUCCACACCUACACCCACUGUGGCCAUCCCAAGACCUCCUUCAAGAAAAUCAAUUGAAGGUCCAGCAAGAGGCCGUCAGAGCCCCUCUACUGUAUCAGGAUUACCUCGGGCAGAGUCUGUAUCAAGUCUGGAAUUCCGCACCUCCAGCAUGAUGGGCACUUCUCGUGGUCCAUCCCCGCUCACCAUAGGCUUGUCUGACACAAUACCUCUUGCCGUUGCAUUUCAAGAACUCUGCCAUGCGUACUUUAGAGGAACAGAUGAAAACAGGUGCCAGGUAAAAGUGACUGGGGAAAUGAUGGUGUCCUUUCCUGCUGGCAUUGUUGGUGUUCUGGCCAAUAACCCAUCACCAUCUCAACUCUCCUUCAAGGUCAACAAUAUUGCUAAAGUCACAAAUGUGCUCCCCAACAAGCAACUAAUAACAAUGGAUGAAGAACAGUCAACAUCAGAGUAUGGAAUCUUCAAUUUCAACAUGAGUGCACUCACUUCACUUCUAAGAAAGCAAGCGGAAAGCAACCCUUCUGCAUCAUAUUUCAAUGUUGACAUGAUCAAGUAUCAGGUGAGCACACGAAGUGGAGCAAAUUCUUCGCCACUCCAGCUGGUCUCCUACUGGAAGUGUGAAGAUAAUCACACUGACCUUCGUAUAGACUACAAGUACAAUCCUCAUGCAAUUGCUUCGCCGUCUCCCCUACUGAAUGUAAAUGUUAUGGUUCCUGUGGAUGGUAUUGUAAAAAGUAUGCAGUCCAAACCUCAAGGCCAAUGGUUGAAAGAUCAGCAACGAGCCGUGUGGAAACUAACAGAACUGUCUCAGCAUUCAACUAAUAGUGGUGUUGGCUCACUGAGGGGCAAGUUUGAGGUAGCUGCAGGUCCAUCCACACCAACUACUGUUUCCACACAGUUUAAUUGUGAAGGCACAACAAUAUCAGGCUUGGAAUUCAAUCUUCUUGGCUCAGGGUACCGAGUUUCACUAGUAAAGAAGAGGUUUGUUUCCGGCAAAUACAUAUGUGAUGCAGAUGCUGUGUUAAGGUUACGUUAUGGCUCAAUACCCAGCUAGUAUUAGGUAAUACUGUAUAUAUAUUUUUUUUAAACUUUCUAUACAGCCAAUUUAAGACACAUUCAACCAAGACAUUCAUUGAAGUAUCUUUUUUCUCUUAGUGUAAUAGGUCAUUAAUUUCAAUUUAAGGACUAGGUCUGAAGAAGCAGCAGUUUGUUGUGUUCAUAAACUGAAUCAGAAAUAUUGUACAAUUUAUUUACUAUGUCAUAUACUUUGGGAGUAUUGUAACUCCAAUCAUUAUUUUAAGAAAGCUUAAUGUAAGGUCAUUAUGUAACUGUGUUCCAUAAUGUAUUAUUUCAACUAUUACAUUACCAAAAGUAAAAAGCUAUCAUAUUUAUGACAAAAUUUUCUCCUCACCAGUCAUUUCCUUCAUCGACCACUGAAAAGUGCAUUGUUCUCAGGUGUGUGAAGUUGAAUAAGUGAAGUUGUUGUUACUAUAUUUAUAGUUUAAUAUUUGAUUGAUAGUGAUGACAAAAUAAUGACAUGCUUCAGUUAUUAGGUAGAAACUGUAUUUCUGGUUAUAAUUAAUUCUUUUAGUGCAGUUAUAAAAAUUGCCUUAGAGGCACUCAGUAUUUUGUCUAAAAUUAUUGAUUAAAAAGAAGAAAUUUUAUAUAUAUAUAUAUAUAUAUAUAUAUAUAUAUAUAUAUAUAUAUAUAUAUAUAUAUAUAUAUAUAUAUAUAUAUAUAUAUAUAUAUAUAUAUAUAUAUAUAUAUAUAUAUAUAUAUAUAUAUAUAUAUAUAUAUAUAUAUAUAUAUAUAUAUAUAUAUAUAUAUAUAUAUAUAUAUAUAUACAUAUAUAUAUUAAACCCUCUAUGAAUUGGACUAAUUGAGGGUAGACCUCAUCUGGAAUAGCUGAAAAUCUGAAAUAUCUGAAGUUUAAGAUUUUUUUUAUCCAAGCAAAGCUGCUCCAAAGUUUACCAACAAUUCUGAUUAAUUCUUACAUAAAAGACACCAUAAAGAGCUGGAGUAGGGCAAAGCUGCAUUAGUAUAAGCUGAUACGGCUCCUGAUUAGUCUUGUGCAAUGGGGCGGUGGUUUAUGCAAAGUUGUAAACAGAGAACUUUGAGGCGUGCCAUGCUUGAUUUGUGUUGGGAAAGCUGAUUUCAGGUAAAUAAGUUAUGAGUGUCAUCUAACUUAUUGUUGAAUUUGAAAAUCAAUUAAACUAUUGCCUGUGCAUGUCAAUACGAAUGAAAAUUAAA